AUCUUUUCUUCUCUCCUUUUUCCAUUGUAAUUUUAUAUAUACAUUUCCUCUUUUAGGCAAACUGCUGCAGGAGUAUCCCCAAACAGGGGGUCCCAAGGAGGAGGCAGAGGGGGCUAGGAGGCAGAGGGAAGGGGAUGCAUGGCCCCUUUGCCCACUUCAGCUUUGCCACUAUACCCUGAAAUCUUACUCUUUACCUUUACAACUGGUUGCUUCCCACAUCUCCCUUAUACCCAAGUUCUCAGCAUACUCUUCUUUCCCUGGCACCGUGUUUUAUGAAAUUUCUUUCCAUUUUUGAUUUUUUUUUUAAUUAUUGAGGGGGAAAUACUGGUUUAGUGAUGAAGACUCAUUUCAUGGAGUGUCAAACCAGGAUUUUCUGUUAGAUUUCUGGGAAUCCCCCUGAGCUGGAGGGAGCUUCUCAUGGAGAAAUCAGGUUAUAAUUUUAGGAGGGGACAGACAUAAAAGUUGAAAUCAGAUUGAAAAUACAGGGAUUUCUCUGACCCUGGCUCUCACCAUAGUACAGCAAAGUUAGCUGGGUCUGAGAGAUUUCCUGGGAGUACAACGUUCUUCCCUGGGCCCCAAGGCCCUCCUUAUGGAAUGCACCUCUCCUACACCCCCAAACCAGUUCCCUUACGGAUAUAUAUUUAAAAGAAAUCCAAGUCUUACUUUCAAAGCACACACUUAGUCUCAACUAGGGAAUCAACAGAAGCAGAAGCGAUUUUUUUCCCCCUUCUUGACAUCUGGCUUGCGAUUGGCUGGAAAGGGGUCAGCUGACUUUGUCAUUUUGUCUGUCCUGGAUUGGAGCCGUCCCUAUAACCAUCUAGUUCCGAGUACAAACUGGAGACAGAAAUAAAUAUUAAAGAAAUCAUAGCCCGACCAGGUAAAGGCAAAGGGAUGAAUUCCUACUUCACUAACCCUUCCUUAUCCUGCCACCUCGCCGGGGGCCAGGACGUCCUCCCCAACGUCGCCCUCAAUUCCACCGCCUAUGAUCCAGUGAGGCAUUUCUCGACCUAUGGAGCGGCCGUUGCCCAGAACCGGAUCUACUCGACUCCCUUUUAUUCGCCACAGGAGAAUGUCGUGUUCAGUUCCAGCCGGGGGCCGUAUGACUAUGGAUCUAAUUCCUUUUACCAGGAGAAAGACAUGCUCUCAAACUGCAGACAAAACACCUUAGGACAUAACACACAGACCUCAAUCGCUCAGGAUUUUAGUUCUGAGCAGGGCAGGACUGCGCCCCAGGACCAGAAAGCCAGUAUCCAGAUUUACCCCUGGAUGCAGCGAAUGAAUUCGCACAGUGUGUGUUUUGUGCCCGGAUCUCUAGGGGUCGGCUACGGAGCGGACCGGAGGCGCGGCCGCCAGAUCUACUCGCGGUACCAGACCCUGGAACUGGAGAAAGAAUUUCACUUCAACCGCUACCUAACGCGGCGCCGGCGCAUCGAAAUCGCCAACGCGCUCUGCCUGACCGAGCGACAGAUCAAAAUCUGGUUCCAGAACCGCCGGAUGAAGUGGAAAAAAGAAUCUAAUCUCACGUCCACGCUCUCGGGGGGCGGCGGAGGGACGGCCGCCGACAGCCUGGGCGGAAAAGAGGAAAAGCGGGAAGAGACAGAAGAGGAGAAACAGAAAGAGUGACCAGGACUGUCCCUUCCACCCUUCUCUCCUCCCUUGCUCCCCCAACUCUCCCCUAAUCACACACUCUGUAUUUAUCACUGGCACAAUUGAUGUGUUUUGACUCCCUAAAACAAAAUUAGGGAGUCAAACGUGGACCUGAAAGUCAGCUCUGGACCCCCUCCCUCUCUGCACAACUCUUUCACCACGCCUCCUCCUCCUCCUCCUCCUCGCUAGCUCGUAAAAAGUCGUCUGCAGGCCCCUUCCCCCGCCCAGGCCUUGGGGGCUCGGUCCCUGAACCUCGCUACGGACUCCACUGACUUCCCUCCAGAUGAGGACUUACGCCCCCACCCCUGCCCUGGCGCAGAGAGCGGGCUCCAGGGCCCUGGGGCCUCUGCUCUGGGGCCUCAGGGCCCAGCCUGGCAGCCGGGAGGGCGGGAGGCCCAUGGAGGGCGCGCCUUGGCCCCACAGCAACCCCCAGGGCCUCCCCGCAGCCCCAGCCCGGCCCCUGUGCCCCAGCAAAUGCCCAGCCCAGGCAAACUGUAUUUAAAGAAUCCUGGGGGUCAUCAUGGCAUAUUACAAACUGUGACCGUUUCUGUGUGAAUAUUUUUAGCUGUAUUUGUGGUCUCUGUAUUUAUAUUUAUGUUUAGCACCGUCAGUGUUCCAAUCCCAUUUUAAAAAGGAAAAAAAAAGAGGGAAAAUUACAAAAAGAGAAAAAAAGUGAAUGACGUUUGUUUAGCCAGUAGGAGAAAAUAAAUAAAUCCCCCCCCUGGGUUUCCUUCCUGUAUAAAUCCAACCUCUGGAUCCGUUCUCGAAUAUUUAAUAAAACUGAUAUUAUUUUUAAAAGUUUA